GUCCUUGGCCUUUAUGCUACGAUUCUUUGGUCGGAAUGAUUAUUUAACGUUAUAUCUUAAAUAGUGUUAAAUAAUGGAAGGGGAGGAAGCGAUCGAUACAUCACAAAAGCUGGAUACAGUAGAUAGAAGAAAUAGAAAUUCAAGUUCAACUGAUGGCUCCAGCCUCAAGCCUUCCGAAUCGUUCUCUGGCAACUUUCACCGUUAUAUCAUCUACAGAGGAAGUUCAAACAAUCUUGUGCGUCAAGAUAGUAAUUCAAUGGAAAUAGAAGAUUUAGGUUUGUUACAAAGAAAUUGAAAAAAAAGGCCAUAAAAACAUGUUAAACCUCUAAACACUGUGUUGUUUUUUUAUAGGCGAAAAUGAAGAUCUGGUAUUUUCAAAAUUUAUGAAAGCUCAUAAAUGCUAUGAUCUUAUUCCGCUUAGCUCAAAAUUAGUCGUUUUCGACACAUCUUUAAACGUUAAAAAAGCAUUUUUUGCCCUCGUAUAUAAUGGAGUUAGGGCAGCACCUUUAUGGGAUUCAAGAAAGCAGACGUUUGUUGGCAUGUUAACAAUAACAGAUUUUAUUAAAAUACUUAAAAUGUAUUAUAAAUCAUCGAAUUCUCGUAUGGAAGAGUUAGAGGAACACAAGAUAUCUACUUGGCGCGAAGUCUUACAGGAAUAUGAUCGUCCGCUAGUUAAUAUUAGUGCAGAUGCAAGCCUCUAUGAAGCAGUAGAAGCUCUUGUCGUCAAUAGAGUACAUCGACUUCCCGUUAUAGAUAGAGCAACUGGUAAUGCCCUAUACAUUUUGACCCAUAAGAGAAUAUUACGAUUUCUCUUUCUCUUUAUAUAUAAUCUACCUCAACCUUCUUAUAUGGAGAAGACAAUUGAGGAACUUAAAAUUGGCACUUUCGAAAAUUUACAAACUGCAACUUCCGAAACACCUUUAAUUGACGUUCUCAACGUAUUUGUGGAUCACCGAAUUUCAGCGUUGCCCAUUGUGAAUGAUAGAGGAGAAGUCAUUGAUAUAUACGCAAAGUUCGAUGUAAUUAACCUUGCUGCAGAAAAGACAUACAAUAAUUUAGGUAUGUCAGUUAAAGAAGCAAUGAAAAAAAGACGUGGUGAAGAAUCAGGCUUUGAAGGAGUUGUUACUUGUGUGAAACAGGAUUGUCUUCGAGUCAUUUUGAAUCGUAUCGUUGAGGCCGAAGUUCACCGGCUUGUCGUUGUCAAUGAACAUAAACAUGUUGUUGGGGUAAUAUCUUUAUCUGACAUAUUGUCUUUUUUGGUACUGAGAGAACCAGAAGAAAAUUAUGAUGAAAUUAUGUCAACUAUGUAAUUUAAACUGCAGAGUUCUAUGUUUGAUGCAUCUUAUUCAGUUAUGCAGAGUAGAUGAUUUCUAAUGGUGAACUUAUAGGCCCUUUUCUUUCCCAAAGACAUCAUUAAUCAGCAAUUGAUUUUAUAUUUAUAGAUAUACGUAAAACUAAAUAGAAAAAUAACAUUUCAUACCAUAUAAAUAUACAUAUGCAUAUGCAUAUGCAUAUAUAUAUAUAUAUUCAUUGUUAUUUUAAAUAAGCAGAAAUAGUUGUUUUAGAAAGAAUAGAAAGAGUGCGGUUGAAAAUUUUCAAUUUUUGAUAGAUUACAAGCAGUGAUAAUAAAUUUUCAAUUGUGCCAAUGCUCUACGUUUCUAAUCUAACUUGCAAACCUACUAACACAAUCACCUUCACUAACUAGCCCAUCAGGAUUGUUUGGUUUGAUAAAGAUUAGUAACUCAGACAAUGUUGUUUAUUUCACACAAUCCUUUAUAUUAAUAAAUACGAACACAUCUUACUUUUUCUACAAACGUGGCUCAAAAAUGCUUCUAUCUUCGUUGAAAUGUGAAAAGAGGAAGAAAAUAAAUCCAUGAUCUGUCAAGAGAAGUUGAUUAAUAGUAAUCUAAACAAAGCAGAAACAGCGACGAGAUUAAGUUAAAAAUUUUAUGAAAUUUAUACCUAACACGAAUAUGUACCAUUUCAUGGACUCGGUAAGAAUAUAUAAGUAUUCAAAAGUUAAAAACUACUCAAGAUUUUAUCUUUGGACAAAGUUUCGCUAAAAACUAUUUUCUUUGUGAUUUUCUCAUCAAAUUUAGGAUAAAAAAGUGAACUUGUAAGAUAUUUGAAGAAAAUAUUUAAGCAAUUGUUUUUUUUUUGCAUUAAAGCUUACAGUGAAAUGUUUUCCAGAAUACAAAUAGAACAAUAUGCGAUAAGCUAAUUAUUCUGGUCGUAUCGUGCUUGUUCUCAGACAAACAUAUUUGUGUUCGCUUUAUCAUUUAUACAAAGUUAAUUGUUUAAUGGUUUCAUUAAUAUCGCAGGUUAUUAUUUAAAUAAGAUUGUUAUAUAUUUCUCGCUUACUAAGAAUUAUUCACCGAUCUAUCAAAGGAACUUUUACCUCUAUUCGACUUUGUUAAUGUAUAAAUUUUAUCAAGAUAAAACUAUACUCUUAAUAAUUUACACAAAGGACAGGGAGUCUUGUUAUAUUUAUUUACUGUACUUACAAGAUGUAGAGAAGUCUC